AUGGAGGCGGCUGGUCUGAUGGAUAACUUUCCCUGUCUCGUAAUCAGAGGGAUCUGCGACUAUGCAGACACCCACAAGAACGACCAGUGGCAAAACUAUUCCACAGCAACCGCGGCCGCAUUUGCAAAGGAGCUGCUUGAAGUUAUCGACAGGGAGGAUGUAGAGGGCUCCUCAAGAAUCGACGAAAUUAUGGAACAUCUACGUAAAGAUAUGUCUCAAGUCAGCUCAACCACAAACAGGAUGCAACAAAGCCAACAUUUCCAGGAGGUCAUGAAAUGGCUCGCUCCGCCAGAUCCAUCAACUAAUGACAACAAGGCAUUGCAGCAACGUCACGAAGGAACAGGCCAGUGGUUGCUCGACAGCGAGGAAUACUCGAAGUGGAAAAACACGCCGAAGUCUUCCUUAUGGCUUCACGGCAUCCCGGGCUGCGGCAAGACUGUCCUAAGUUCAACGGUUAUCAAGGACCUCAGCAGCACCAAGUCUUGCUCCAAGAGCCUUGUCUACUUUUACUUCGACUUCACCGACACUAGCAAACAGUCGCUCGAGAAAGCACUUCGGUCCCUUAUUGCUCAGCUAUACCACAAAAGUCACGACGUCCAGACGCAUCUGGAUUCGCUUUACUCCUCGUGCAAAAAUGCUUCACGACAGCCAAGUGUGGACUUACUGAUCUCGACAUUCGAGGCCAUGGCACAACAGAUCAGCGAAGUAUGGAUCGUCCUGGAUGCACUCGAUGAAUGCCAGACGAGAAUAGGCCCAAAGAACGAAAGUUUGUUACACUGGAUUGAGAGUCUUUUAAACUCACCGCAAGUCAAUGCGCACCUUCUUGUCACGAGUCGCCCUGAACACGAUAUCAAAUCAGUGUUGGAAAGAUGUAUCAAUAACCAGAUCCCUCUCCAGAGCGACCUUGUUACAGAAGAUAUACGUUCCGCUGGGUUUCAUGCCAGCUUGACGCUCUCGCAAAAUGCCCUGAUCCGCUCAGUCUUCGGAAAACGCUACAAUCGUUACCAAGCACGCUGGACGAAACAUAUGCCCAAGUCCUACGAAGAAUUCCGCCUGAAUUCGAGAAAAAUGCGAAGCGGUUAUUACAGUUUCUUGCCUUUUCUGCACGACCUCUACGAAUUGAAGAAGCUGUCGACGUUAUUACGGUAG